AUGCGCUUCAACAAAGCCGCCGCCGGCGCUCUCAUCGCCGGCGCCAGCCUUGCCCAGGCCCAGGAGUCUGUCUGCAGUGAUCGUUCCACCCUUGUGGUCACCGAGUACGUGACUCUGACCCCCACCGUCAACUCGACGCCCUCGCCCGUCGCCCAGUCGAGCGUCGAGGGCGUCGUCUCGAGCCCGAGCCCUUCUUCUCAGCCCGAUGAGACCACCUCGGUGCAGGUCGUCACCAUCAAGCCGGUCCCUGCCAGCUCCACGCCCCCGGCCAGCUCUGCCCCCCCUAUGACCACCUCGACCGUCUACUCGACCCAGUCGACCGUCAAUGGCGCCGGCGAGACCGUCUACCAGACCGUCAGCCAGUACACUACGGUCUGCCCCGUGACUGAGUCCGCGGCCUCUGUUGCCAGCUCCGCGACCCCUAUCUCGAGCGUUGCCAGCUCAGAGACCCCUGCCGCGAGCGUUCCCAGCUCCGCGACCCCGGUCUCAAGCGUCCCUCAGUCGUCGGCCGUCCAGGGCGUCCCUGAUCAGCCGCUGAGCACCAUCCACUUGACUUCCACCACCGAGAAGUUGGUCACCAUCAGCGUGCCCUGCACCGAGUGCUCUGCCACCCCGACCCAGUGGACCACCUCCACCAUCUACACCACCUCGGCCUCGACCGACUCGACCGGCGGUGUGGUCUACGUGACCGUGCCCCACACCACCACCGUCUGCCCCGUGACGGCCACCGAGGGUGCUAGCCAGACCAUCGCGUCGCCCAGCAGCAGCAAGUGCACCAACACCCGCACUGUGACCGUUGACCCCGAACCGGUUACGGUCACUGUCCCGUCCACGGCCGCGACCAGCUCCGUCGACGGUUCCAACGUCGGCGUUGCCGACUACACCCCGAGCAGCUACUCGCUGUCUUCGGCCGUUGACACCCCGGCCUACACUCCUGCUCCGGAGACCAUCACCCAGUACACGACUUCCCACAUCGUCAGCACCGCCGUGAGGACGAGCACCGCCGUCGACUCCGCCGGCUCCUCCAAGGAGCACGUUGUCACCGAGGUCGUUACCGUUGGCACCACCGUCUGCCCCGUUACCGCCACCCAGACCCCGGCGAACACCCCUGUUGCCAGCUCCUCGGUCGCCGGUGUCCCUGCCGGUACUCCCUCCGUCGCCGUCGACACUCCCGUCUACACUCCUGCUCCUGCUGCGGAGACUGUCACUCAGUACACCACCUCCCACAUUGUCAGCACCGCCGUGAAGACCAGCACCACCGUCGAUGCCGCCGGCAGCUCCAAGGAGCAUGUCGUCACCGAGGUCGUUACCAUUGGCACGACCGUCUGCCCCGUGACCGCUACGCAGACCCCUGGCGGCACCCCGGCCGGUACUCCCUCUGUCGCUGUUGGCACCCCCGUCUACACCCCCCUGCCUGCCUCUACCCCCUAUGGCGCCGGUGUCGAGGGUGCGAGCGCCAUCCCCUCAUCCAGCUCGGCCUCCGUCGCUGUUGACACCCCCGUCUACACCCCGGUGAACACGCCUUCCGUUGCUGUUGACACCCCCGUCUACACCCCGGUGGACACGCCUUCGGUCGCUGUUGACACGCCUGUCUACACCCCGGUUCCCGCUGCCUCUACUCCCGCCUACGGUGCCGGUGUCGAGGGCGCCAGCGCUCCCUCGGUCGCUGUUGACACUCCUGUCUACACCCCGGUUCCCGCUGCCUCCACUCCCGCCUACGGUGCCGGCGUUGAGGGUGCCAAUGGCGUCUCUUCGUCCAGCGCUGCCUCCGUCGCGGUCGACACGCCCGUCUACACCCCUGUCGCUUCGACCCCCAUCGUGAGCUAUGCGCAGACCACUUUCGCCACCUCCAGCAGCGUGGUCGCCGCUUCGACCCCCAGCUCCAGCUCCAGCUCUGGCUCCAGCCUCAUCAACUCCAUCACCGACACCGUCACCACGCUGGCCGAGGCCGUCACCGGCGAGGCCACCCACUACACCGGCAACAUCGAGUCGGGUACCUGCAGCUUCAGCGGCUACAGCCUGCCCUCGUCCAUCUUCGGCACCGCGCUGUCGGGCUCCAACUGGGACACGGCCAGCAACUGCGGUGCCUGCGUCAACGUCAAGAGCGCCUCGGGCGAGACCGUCAAGGCCAUGAUCGUCGACAAGUGCCCCGACUGCGGCGACAACGCGCUCGACCUGUUCGAGGACGCCUUCAGCUCGCUCGACUCGCUCGUUACCGGCGUCCUAGACGUCACGUGGGAGCUCGUCGAGUGCGGCAUCACCACGCCGCUGCAGCUCACCAACAAGGACGGCGUCUCGGCCAACUGGUUCAGCAUGCAGGUCGUCAACAGCAACGUGCCCGUCGCGGCGCUGCACGUCUCGGUCGACGGCGGCGCCACCUGGACCGAGACCACCCGCACCGACUACAACUUCUUCGAGUACGAGCAAGGAUUCGGCUCCGACCUCGUCGACGUCAAGGUCACGUCGUCGACCGGCAAGGAGGUCAUCACCAAGAACGUCACCGUCGCCUCGACCCAGUCGCACACUUGCGACUCCAACUUCUAG